CAAAAGCGCAGCAACACCACGCAUUAAUUCACGAAUCGCUGAACAGGCAGAGACACCACCGCAGUGCGUCACGGAAUGCUGUGAAGUGUGAACACCCAAUAGACACGACGCCUUCACAUCUCCGCCAACAUGCCGCGCGUCCGGGGCAACACCGCCAACACGGCCGGAGGCAUGAAAAGCGUCCAGAUCCCACUAAACGACGACCGAGAAGAAAAGGCCGCACGCCUGCAAUCGCGACAGGCCGCGCACACCAAGCAGAUGGAGCAGUACAAAGCCGUCGCAUCGCCCGCCAAAAAGCGCAAGUCCCUCGGCGACAGCAUCGGACCCUCCACCCCGUCCCAAGACCCCGACCAGCAUUACGAUGUCGCCGGCACCGCGGUCACGCCUAUGAAGCGUGUGCCCAUCCUGGCCAAUUUCGAGGAGUGGAUGAAGAUGGCGACGGAUAACAAGAUCAAUGCCACCAACAGCUGGAAUUUCGCGCUCAUUGAUUAUUUCCACGACAUGAGUUUGUUGCGCGAAGGCGAUGGCCGGGUGAACUUUCAAAAGGCGAGCUGUACGCUUGAUGGGUGUGUCAAGAUUUACACGAGUCGAGUCGAUAGUGUCGCCACGGAGACGGGAAAGCUGUUGAGUGGGUUGGCGGAAAGCAGGGAUAAGAAGAGCAAGAAAGGUGGAGAUGACGCGGGCGAAGAAGGAGAGGGAGAGGACGGCGAGGAAGAUGAGGAGGAUGGAGACGGCAGUGGGAAGAAGAAGAGCCGGAAGAAGGCACAGAGGAAUGCGGAGGCGACAUUGGCGACAUCCUUUGAUCAGCUGAGACUGAAGAAGAUGGAGCUGGAGUUUUCCGUGGAUCCCCUCUUCAAGAAAGCUUCCGCGGAUUUCGAUGAGGGUGGAGCAAAGGGCCUGCUGUUGAAUCAUCUGUCCAUCGAUGGAACUGGCCGAAUCGUGUUUGACAGUAGCGACGAUGCGCAAGAGACCUCACCAGACGACAGCAGAAGAGACAGCAUGGAACCGGACGGCGGAGAGGAGGAAGAGAAGUCGAAAGAGGCGUCCGAAGCAAUUCUGCAGGACGGCGCUGUCGAUGUCGCGGCACUGGGCGCACGCUUCUUCCCCGACCUGAGCAAGCUCGACAACCAGCACAUCUGCCCGAGCCUAAAGACAUUCGAGCUAGGUGCAGGGGAUGCAGCCAUGGACCUCCCAUUCCUCAAAGCCCCGGAGAACUGGCGUGACGAACACCCAGAAGUCACACCAAACGGCACAGGCCUCGGAGACGAAAGUGCAAAUCCCGACGACAACAACAACACUUUCUCGCCAGACUACGACAACGACGACGCCGGCUUCGACCUUCCCCCGGAAACAGGGUUCGGCGAAGGAGGUGAAGCCUGGGCGCGCGACGCCGCUCUCGAACCGCAAAUGCGCGUCCACGACAUCGCAGACGGCAGCGAAGAGGCAGGCGAGGUCGGCACCUUCGACACCGAUGGCGCCACCUACGGCGUCAAACUACACCACCGCUCGCACGACUCCGAUGAACAGGAGAACAUUCUGCAGUACUUCGACACCGCCCUGCGCAAAAACUGGGCCGGCCCGGAACACUGGAAGAUUGCGAAGAUCCGGGAAGCCAACAAAGCGGCGCAGGCGCCGAAGGAGAAGCGCAAGGAGAAGGAGCCGUUUGAGAUUGAUUUCGCGGCGCCCAUGACGCAGGAGCUGGCGACGGCGUUGUACACGAGUGCAAGCAGUAAUGCGGCCAUCUCGCUGCCGAAGAAAGACUGGAAGAGUAAGAGUCGCAAUCUCCUGCCAGAUGACAAGCAUUUCAAUUCAAGAGAUUUGCUGCGCUUGUUCUUGAAGCCGAAGGCGAGGAUUGGCGCGAGGAGAGGAGGCGCACAGCGAAGGCUGGCCGAGCCGGUAGUGGGAGAGGGAGAGAUCGAUGAGGCAUACUGGGCUACGAAUGCCGGUGCUGCCGCCGCGCAGCCGGACGAGGAUGCAGUGCAAGGCGAUUACGAUGCGAACUUCUUCCAGGACGACAACCUGCCUCUGCCUGGCGGAAUGGAGGCGGAUGACGACGACGACUUUGCCGACGCGCGCGAGCACUUCUCCCCUGGUGCUGAUGAGGUUGAUGCUGCAGGUAAUAGUGGACCUGAGGGCAUCGGCAUCGAUGGUAUCGUCGCAGGUUCAUCGCAAGAAGGAGGAGCAGACGAGGGCGCGUUUGGUGCGAAUCUGAUCGCGCAAUCUCGACGAUCACGGCCGGAGUACGUGCAAUACGCGCGCGUGGCAAAGAAAGUGGACGUGCGAAGGUUAAAAGAGGAGAUGUGGAGGGGCAUCGGAUUCGAAGCAAUGACACGAGACCAACCCAACACCACCACCACCCUCGCACCCCCCACCCUCGCCAAAGCCAAAACAGACACGCUCCACUUCGUCGACAUCAUGAACAACCUCAAGCACGUCUACCCCCAACAGCAAAUGCUGGACAUCAGCACGAGUUUUGGGUUCAUUAGCUUGCUGCACUUGGCGAACGAGAAGGGGCUGGUGAUUGAGAGUGUGGAGGGGUGGGAGGACUUGACUGUGCGGAAGGAUUGGGAUGCUGUUGUUACGGGGGAUUGAUUUUCGACACGUGUAGUACUGCUGGGCGUUUGGGGAGCGAAUGAGGUCACGUUGAUCCGACUGAUGGGCGCUUUUUGGGUAUGAACGACUGCAGUGUACAGGAUACCGGGUGUGACUCGCAUCAUACAUCAUUCAAGCAAGAUAUCGACGUAUCUCCACCCUUCCAACCCCGC